AGAGAAGUUAUUUGGGUGUAAAGGUUUUUCUAUUGAAGUCUGCUGGAACAGAGUUCAUCUGUAGGAAUCUGCUGGGCUGAUUUAUCGAUUGGAUUUGCACUGUGAAGGGAGAGAGAAAGAUAAGUGAAUUGAUUUCAUCUUACAAACAUUUGAAAAGCUUGAAGAGGAUACAGUGAAUGUAAAUCUGACUGUUGGGGAAGCUAUGUGUUUCAGAAUGUGCUGAAGAGAAAUUGAGGAUUGAAUAUCCCCCACGGGAGUGUAACGAAUGGAUUGAGACCUCUGAUCAGCCUUACCAUGAAGGAACAUAUUGCUGUGGGAAUGCCCUUACCUGUCUAUUUACUGCCUGAGUGCUGGAAGUAUGCAGCAUCACUGCUGAAGUAAGCUUUUAAGCCACUGUCUCACUCACGUGCACCGACGGCAGUAUCCUGUACUGAGAAGACUUCUUACCUCCCUACGUACCGUCUGGAAGUAUGCAGCAUUGCUGAGGAAGCAAGCUUUUAAAUUACUCUUUCUCUAAUGUGCCCUGACGAAAGUAUUCUGUACUGCGAGGGAUGCUUACCUGUCUACUCACGGAGUCCUGAAGAAUGCAGCAUUGCUGGUGAAGUAAGCUUUAAAACCACUGUCUCCCUACUGUGUAUUGACGCAAGUAUCCUUGACUGAGAAGUAUCCUUAUCUGUAGACUCACUGCCUGAGUCUUGAAGAGAGCUGCCCUAUUGGUGAAGUCGCUAUCUGGGCAAAACUGCGACGUACGAUCAGUACCUAUCCGUAGCUGAAGAAAACCUAGAGGACACUGAAGUCUAUCACGCUUGUGCUCACUGAUAUAUUGUGCUCAAAGAUUGUUAUUCCUUUUGAAGUUACCUCUUGUCUGCGUUGUCCAUCUGUUGCGGACCUGUGGUGUCGGCUCCUCACGGUGGGGUCUAAGUUAGGGGUGGCUGGUCAUCCAAGUCCACCCCGGUGACACAUGCAUGGAUCUGCAGGGCCUUCUCCUGUGCCCAAAGCUUCAAGCGUCUGCCCUGUACUACAAAAUGAAGCUUGGUGUCCAUAAUUUUACCAUCUACAAUAUGGCAUCACAUGACGCAAAAAAUUACCUUUGGCAUGAGGGUGAAGCUGGGGUCUCUGCCAACGAGUUCACCUCCUGCAUUGUGGAUUACCUUGAAGCACACCCCACUUACAAUGAAUUCAUCCUUUGGAGUGAUGGGUGUGGCUAUCAAAACAGAAAUCUGGUCCUGAGCAAUGCCCUCUUAAAGUUUGCUACUGAGAAAAAGAAACGUGUGACACAGAAGUACCUUGAAAGAGGUCACACACAAAUGGAAUGUGACUCUGUGCACAGUGUGAUUGAGAGGAAGUUGAGAAACCGUGACAUACAUGUUCCAGCUGAGUAUGCUGCAGUUAUUCGAGGAGCUCGUUCCAGUCCAAAACCAUACGAGGUGAAGUAUGUUGGUUACAGCUUUUUCCAAGACUUCAGCAAAGUCAACAUCUGUAAGUCAGUCCGACCUGGUAGCAAAGUUGGAGAUCCUAUGGUGCAUGACCUUCGAGCAGUCAGAUACAAUGUGGAUGGCAGUAUGGAGUUUAAAUUACUACACUCUGACAACUGGCAACCCUUCACAUCCCCAUCCCUGAUGAAGACGUGUGUCAUCGUGGCCCCACUCUAUACAUCCGUCCCAAAAAUUAAAGCCCUGAUGUUCAAGCACCUUCAAGAACUGAAACAUGUUUUACACAAGGACUUUCAUCCAUUUUACAAUGCACUUCACCAUGAGUGAUGCAAUUUCACUACCUGGAUGAAUGGGCUGUCCUGACUUACUGAUUAAUUUAUUAAUUAAAUGUUCGAUUUAUUGUGUAUUGUCAUGUAAUUUUUUUUUUAUGUGCAUGUUUUAAAAUGACUUGGUCUUAUCUGUUGAAAUUUUUGGAAUUCCUAUCAGCCAAUUCUGACCGGAAAGACAUGAUUAAAAUCU